UAUGCAUCGCCGAACGUGCUCGAUUCAUUCCCGACAACGCAUGUCGCUGAUGGUGCUGAUGUGAAUGAUGAUAAAAAACCGGGUUGGCAUUAUGACAGGCCGAAAUCGUUGCAAUCUUUUAUAUCAACAGCAUGUAAAAUGAAUGACGAACAUAAGCUGAAGCUGAUCAUAGCAGCUGAUUUGAUCGAACAGUUACGAGGCCAAAUCAAAGAGUUCACAAAAUUCAGUUGUUCAGCAGGCAUUGGCAGUAGCAAGGCUAGGGUAAAAAAUGAUGAAAUGGGAAAAGAAGAGAAGGAAAACGAAGUGGUUGUGUCUGAUUGA